AUGAAGGCCCUAGCGGCUGUCGAAGUGAGCCUUAACCAUGGUCCUCGAAGUGUGGCGGUGGCACUUUCUGGUGGAGUGGAUUCCAUGUGUCUUGCGCACUUAUUGGCUCAGUACAAGGCUCACCAUAACCCAUCACUUAAGGUUCUUGCAAUCACUAUUGACCAUCAGUACCGUCCUGGGUCUUACCAAGAGGCUCUUGCUGUAGGGAAAAUAGUCAAAAAAUGGGGCAUCCAUCAUACUAUUGAAAAAUUGACCUACGACAGAGACAUUAGCGAUAUCUCCAAUUUCGAAGAGGUCGCUAGACAGAAGCGAUACGAGGUGUUCGAGCGUGUGUGCAAGUCAAAUGACAUUAACAGCUUGUAUGUGGGACAUAACUUAGAUGAUCAAUUGGAGACCUUUAUUCAAAGACUUUGCAUGUCGUCCUCGAUCUUUGGUUUGGUGGGCCUCCGAUCAAGCUCUCCGUUACCGGUACUUUCUCCAGGCCCGAGUAGUCAUCAAGUGUGGGUCCAACGCCCUUUGCUUGAAUUUAGCAAAUCACAGCUCAUAGACAUCUGUAGAGAAAACAGUAUUGAGUGGUUCGAGGAUGUCACCAAUAAGGACACUCAUCUUACACAAAGAAACCUACAUAGGUAUCUUCUCAACGAGGUAAUCCCGGAACGAAAGAUUAAGGGCAUUCAAAAAUCAGACUUGAAGCAGACUCUUGAAGAAGUGGAACUAUUGGCCAAUUCUUUUCGACAGAAGGCUGAUAGGCUAGGAGAAUAUUUACUUGCAACACAUCGUCUCACGACCGAUAGCCGCAACGGCUCACUAAACCUUCGUGUCCCCUUUGGGCUAUUUUAUGACAAUGGUCUAGUAAUUAGCCAGCUAUUAUACAGAUAUCUCCGCCCCAUAUCGUCUGUCAAGCAUUAUUAUUGGACAUAUGCAAAGAUAGAAAGGCAGUUGGUUCCGCGGAUUACUCAACAUGUCCUUAAUUCUCAAGGAACCCCAUUAAAACUCACAUAUUUGAACCUCCUAUUCGAGGUACACACUGAGAACCAAGAGGUAUGCAUUGAUAUUGUAAGGCAGCCCAUAAUCAAGCAGAAUUCUUCGGAGCUUACCAUUCAGGGCAGUGACGACUGGUCCAAUUGGCAUUUGUUUGAUAAUCGGUUUUGGGUAAGAGCCAAAGGUGGUCCAAUAAAGGUGAUACCUUACGAAAACAAAGUACACAAAAAGGCGUUGAAACAGAUAAGCACGGCCAUUCUCAGCUCCAAAAUGGAUGGCACUCCGUUGGUCUUUAGCGAGAGUAACCCCUUAGGUUUGCCUACCUACGAAAGUAUUAACGGCAAAAUUCAAGUGGAGUGUGUUUUGAAAUGA